AAGGGUUAAGGAGCUAAUUUUUUUUUGGAGGGAGGGGGACGGAGGCUGAAUGUUUAUUUUUGUCUUAAAUAUAUAUUUAUUUUUGGUUGCGCGCGUUUUUUGUGUGUGUGUAUAUAGUAAGUGGGGGAGGGGGAGGGUCACGGUGUGACCUCUGACCUCCUUCCCCCGGUGACGUCAGCGCCCGGGCCAGCUUGUCCUGUUUUUUUUGCACAUGGUGCAGCAAGGAGCUGGUCUUCCCCCCUCUCUCCUGUCUAAAAUGAGCUCCAAGGAUUUCCAGGGACCAGUGUUGCAUCUUAAACCAACACCGUGGAAGGAGACGUUGAAGACGACAGGGGUACUGCACAGCAUCCAGAUUGCACACAGGGAGAGAAUGACAGGCAGCAGCCCGGUUUCGCCGGCCUCCUCGCCCGCCUCGAGCGCGGGCGGCUCCCCGGCUCACCUCGGAUCCCUGGCCAACGACUCGCUGGACGGACUCGCUGCCUCGCCCAAGCUCCAGCCCCGGGAGGCGCUGGCCUGCGGCCUCUGGGUCCCCGACCUCGGCCCCUGCAACCAGAACGCCAAGGGGCAGCCCUGGGACAAGACGCAUGCCGAGAUCGCCGAGCAGGCAAAGCAUGAAGCCAAGAUCGAGCACCGGAUCGCUGAGCUCCGGAGGGAGGGUCUGUGGUCCCUGAAGAGGCUGAAUCGUGUGCAGGAGCCCACCCGGCCCAAGACGCACUGGGACUACCUGUGCGAGGAGAUGCAGUGGCUGUCGGCCGACUUUGCACAGGAGCGGCGCUGGAAGCGUGGCGUGGCGAGGAAGGUUGCCAGGACUGUGCUGAGGUUCCACGAGGAGCAGCGCCAGAAGGAGGAGAGGGCCAAGCGAGAUGAACAAGCCAAGCUCCGACGCAUUGCCUCCACCAUCGCCAAGGAGGUCAAGCAGUUCUGGACCAACGUGGAGAAGGUGGUGCAGUUCAAACAGCAGUCCCGCCUGGAGGAGAAACGCAAGAAGGCCCUGGACCUGCAGCUGGAUUUCAUCGUGGGCCAGACGGAGAAGUACUCGGACCUGCUCAGCCAGAGCCUCAACGAGUCGCUGCCGGCCAGCAAGCCUGGGUCGUCCCAGCUCGGCUCUUCCCUGGCUGGCUCAACCGCCUCCACCCCUCCUGUCUCCGGCUCCGUCACCGAGGACGAAGACUUCGAGCCACACGAGGAAGAGGAUGACGAGGAGACGAUAGAGGUGGAGGAGAAGCAGGCGGGCAACGACGCCGAGACCCGGCGGAGGGAGAUCGAGCUGCUGCGGCGGGAGAGCGAGCUCUGUACACAUGCCCGCUCGUUCCAGCCGCCUCAAAGCCUUAUCGCUAUCCCCUCAGUUCGCAAUGCUUUGCUGUUGCAUCCUAAGUGUAAGCCAUUAAUGGUUAGAAACAUGGUCCACCUGGUGUCCACCGGCGGGCACCACAUCAUCGGGCAGCCCGCCCAGCUGGCCCUCAUCCAGGCCAUGGCCCAGCAGAACGCCCAGCCCGCCAUGGGGGUCCAGGCCUCGCUGCAGACGAUCGCCGGCGCCCAGUCCGCCAUCCCCGGUGCCGCGGCUGCCUCGCCCGGACUGACGGUUCCGUUCACCGCCACGCAAGUCCCCGGCUCGGUGGUCACCAGCUCCAGUGUGAUGAAGAUCGUGGUCCGCCAGGCGCCGAAGGAGGGCUUCCCGCUAGCUGUCCACUCGCCCCGGCCCAUCGCCGUCACGGCCGCCCGCUUCCCGGCCACCGUGGUGACGCCGGCCCGCGUCCAGCUGCCCGUCGGAGCGCUGACCCUGGCCUCGGCCCACCUGCCUCCUGUCCCUCGCCCGUUGCUGAGGGUGGUCCACACACCAGCUGUCAACGCCGAGCAAGCUGCCCCCGCCGUGACCCGCCUGGUGGUGGCCGGACCCACCCUCUCGGAGAAGGAGGACGCGGAGUUGCCGACACUACGCCCGGUGAUGGCCCGGCCCCCUGCAGCCCCCCCGGCGGAGCCGCUCACCUCGUCUACCUCACCGGCGGCCCUGAGGCCCAGGCGCCACCUGCCGGCCCCGCCCGCCAAGUCUCCCUUCAAGCUGGAGGCGCUGGAAGAGAAGCGGCGCCGGCAGCGGCAGGAGCGGCUCGAUCGGAUUGUCACCAUCAACGAGCGGCGGUGUGCGGCCUCGCCCGUCUACGGCACCGAGCUGCUGCGGCUCUGCGUCUUGGCCGAGAGGGUGACAGAGUGCUCCCCCGAGCGCGCCGGCUGGCGGGGGCUGAGUUACACACACUGCCUGGCAGCCCAGCUGGGCCGAGGGGACUGUCGGCCGGACGCCUACUGGAGGACCACGCGGGCGCUGGACAGAGCUGUGCGCAACCCGGAGGAGCGGAUUGAGGAGCUGGCAGACAUUAUUGACAGAUUUAUUUUUGUUAUACCUCCUGUGGAGGCCCCAGCUAUCCAGAUACAUGUCUCCCACCCUCACCCCUCCUACCUGCACCAGCAAGCCUUGCUUGCAGCCGCCCUUCACCGUGAGCUCUCCCCCAGGACUGCUCGCCUACACCGAACCAUCUGCAACAUGAGGACCCAGUUUCCGGACCUCCGGCUCAUACAGUACGAUUGCGGCAAGUUACAGGUCCUGGAUGUCCUGCUCCGGAGGCUGAAGGUGGGUGGGCAUCGGGUGUUGCUGUUCACGCAGAUGACGCGGAUGCUGGACAUUCUGGAGCAGUUCCUCAACUUCCAUGGCCACAUCUACCUUCGCCUGGAUGGCAGCACCAAGGUUGAACAGCGGCAGAUCCUGAUGGACCGCUUCAACGCCGACAAACGCAUCUUCUGCUUCAUCCUGUCGACCCGCAGCGGCGGCGUGGGUGUCAAUCUGACGGGGGCAGACACCGUCCUCUUCUACGACAGCGACUGGAACCCCACCAUGGACGCCCAGGCCCAGGACCGCUGUCACCGCAUUGGGCAGACCAGAGACGUGCACAUCUACAGGUUGAUCAGCGACCGGACAGUCGAAGAGAACAUUCUGAAAAAGGCCAACCAGAAGCGCAUGCUCGGAGACCUGGCCAUCGAGGGAGGCCAUUUCACCACCGCCUUCUUCAAAGAGCAGACGAUCCGCGAGCUCUUCGACCUCCCGACGGAAGAGCCGAAGAAGGAACCAGAGCCCCUGACGCUGCCGCCUCCCCCCCCGCAGCCCGAGGAGGAGGACUCCAUGUCGGCCAAGCAGACGCAGAUCCUUGAGCAGGCGCUCUGCAGGGCCGAGGACGAGGAGGACAUCCAGGCGGCCUCGCAGGCCAAGGCCGAGCAGGUGGCCGAGCUGGCCGAGUUCAACGAGAACAUCCCGCUCGAUGGGGAGGACAGCUCAACCCGGGAGGAGGAGGAGGAGCUGUCCAAGGCUGAGCAGGAGAUCGCUGCCCUGGUCGAGCAGCUAACUCCGAUUGAACGCUACGCCAUGAACUACCUGGAGGCUUCCCUCGAGGCUGUCAGCAAAGAGGAGCUGAAGCAGGCAGAGGAGCAGGUGGAGGCAGCUCGGAAGGACCUGGACCAGGCCAAGGACGAGGUGUGGAAGUGGACGGAGGAUGACGAGCGGAGGCUGAACGAGGAGCUGCACAUCAGGCGACAGAAGAAGGCCCGACCCCCGGCCAAGCCCCAGGGCGAGCGGCCCAGCACCCGGAUGAGUGAGCGGCUGCGGGGGGCGCGGCUGAGCGCCCGGGAGACGGAGAAGCCGGCGGCGGUGGUGACGGCGGGUGGAGCCCUCGAGCUUCCGGCGACGACGCCGACGCCCCCGACCCCGCCCCCGCAGCCCCUCCCCCCCAAGGAGGCGCCCGGCCAGCUCCUGCGCUACGAGGCGGCCCCCUCGCGGGACCUGCAGAUCCACAUCAGCACCGAGCUCCCCGACGAGCUCUUCGAGGAUGAGCCGGCGCCGGCGGCCCCCGGCGAGCUGCCCGCCCAGCACCGGGGCGGCGCCGGCCACGACGCCGCCGACCACCGCGACACGGAGACGGAGCCUGAGCCCCCGCCGACACCACCCCCUCCAUCGCCGCCGCCGCCAGUGUCCGAGGCCGGGGGAGUGGAGCCCCGGCCGCCGGAGCCGGUGGCGAACGGGGGCGAAGGAGCCCUCGACGAGACCCCCCUGACGCCCCAAGUCACGCCACCCGGUGGCGCCAGCGAGUCCUGUCCCCCGGUUGGCAAGCCGGAGCCGGGAGAGGCGGCGGGAGGAGCGGGCGGGGCCCCCGAGGCUGGCAGCCUCCCCGCCGGGAGCGAGACCCUGCGGCCCCCCGAGGCUGACGGACUGUCCCCCAACGGCCUGGACUCGGCUGGCUCGGAAGCUGGACGGGCGGAGGAGGAGGAGGUGGAGGAGCCCGCGCCGCCGGCGGCGGUCUCCGCAGAGACAGGCGGCGGGAGGCCGGAGGAGGAGGCCGCCCCGGGGUCACCGGAUGCAGCGGAGACAGGAGAGGGAAGGCCGAGGGAGGGGGCCGUGAUUGACCCGUGCGAACGGCUGGAGGAGGAGGUGGAGGAGGUGCAGCGGGACGAUCCCGGCCCUGCUGGGAGCCCGGCGGCCGGGGAGCUGGAGGGAGCUGGCGAGCCGGUGACGCCAGGAGCGCCGGAGGCCGUCGGCGCCGACGUUUCGUCCCGGAGCCCGGAUGCCGGCGAAGCAAUCGAGGCGGGGUCAGGGGUCGGCGCGGAGUCCGGCGAAGAGCGGGGGGAGAACUCUCCUUCCUUGCCGCCGGGCGCCGGGGACCGAGAGCCGCCUUCGCCGAGUGGAUCCGCCGGCCGGCCGGCGCCCAGCACGGAGGAGCCGCCGGAGAGCGCUGAGCCCCCGCCCCAGACGCUCGAGCCUGCCGAUCGGCCGCCGGCGCCGUGCGCGGAGGAAGCCGCCCGCCAGGAGCUGGCGUCGCCCCCGGCGAGGAGGAGGCCGGAGCAGAAGCGGCCGGCCCCCGACCAGGAGCCGGCGUCCCCGGCCCCCGAGCCCCAGCCGGCCGGCGGCGGCCGGGAGAAGAAACGGCGGCGGACGGCCGACCAGGACCUGCUGUGCGAGCGGGACGGGGCCGCCGGCGGCGACCCCCAGAUGACGGCCACGGUGCUGCGCAAGGUCCCGGGCCGCAUCAACGUCAUCGUGGAGCGGCGGCAGCCCGCCAAGCGGGCCCGGCGGCCGGCGGCCGGACGGGAGGCCGGCAAGACCGGCGAGCGCCAAGGCCCGGCGUCCCCCCCUCCUCCACCGUUACCGUUACCGUCGACUCCGCCUCCGCUCAACGGCCGGCAGGGCCCCAGGCGCCGGGAGCCGGCCGGCGAGUCCAAUCCCGAUCCUGAUCCUGGCACGGAGAGAUCCACCGAGGGCCAGCAGCCCCUGGCCAAGAGGCCGCGGCCGGCGGAGCCCCCCAGCCGGAGCCCGGAGGCGAGCACCGACAGCCCGGCACCCCGGCCUCAGGACCGGGCCAGGAGGAGGCCGCGUUCCCCCCGGCCGGUUGGCGGCGCCGGCGACGGCGGCGGCAGCUCCCCCUCCCCCCCGCCCGGGGAGGAGCGGCGGCCGGAGCCGGCGGCCGAGUCCCCGGCCUCGCGGGGGGUCCCGCUCCCCAGGUCGACGCGGCAGAGGCCCGGCGACCUGGUGCCGCCCCUGGAGCGCCGGCGGUACAAGCCCCGGGGCCUGCGGGCCGUCCCCAGCUCGCCGGCUGUGCCGGAGGGGCCGUCCGGGCGGCGGAGAGGCCGGCCUUCCGGGGGGCAGACCCCCGGCGCUCGGGACCCCCCCUCCCCCUCCUCCCCCUCCCCCUCCCCAUCGCCUCCGGCCACCCCAGACCGCGUGCUCCGCAGCCUGACUGCGGCGGCCGCCAUUGCCGCCACCAGCCCGGCUGCCAACACCCGCUCCUCGCGGGGCGGCUCGCCCGCCCCCCCUCCCCCGCCCCCCGCCGUCAAGAGGAAAGGCGAGGCAGGCCCCCCAACCCCCAGCCCAAGAGGGGCCGCCCCCCCAAGCCCCGGUCCCCGGGGGGAGGGCAGCAGCAGCAGCAGCAGAGACGCCCCAGGGGGAGACCCCCUGCCACCCCCCCAAAGAGGAGAGGCCGGCCCCCCUCGUCCGCCGCCGGCCUGGGCUCCCAGAGGCCGGGCAGGAAACACCAGACCUGACCGGGCGGGGGAGGGGGCCGGGGGCAGCGGUGACCGUGAAGGCUGCGGCCGGUCCACGCGGAGCCGUGGCUGA